AUGGAUAUUUACAAUAAAGGAGAAGAAAUGAUACCGACCAUCAAUAUUGAAAAUGAAGAAGUAAGCGAAAAUGGUAUAGUGCUUGAAAGUGAAUAUGAAAGAAUGAUGAUGGAGUUUAAUGAAAGAGACGAAGAUGAAGUAAGACUUCUUAUUAUUCAAUAUUUUCUUCUUUAUUAUAAUCAAAGACCACCAGCAUUAAACCUAUUACAAAAAAGUUUUAAAGAUUUUGGUCCUUCUCGUAUUUCUGCUCUUUCGGUCCCAUAUCUUUUCCCAAUUGAUGAUAAUAAUUAUUUUAUUUACACCGAUGGCUCUGUCUAA